GUUGCCUGACCAGACAGAAGCGAAGGCACUUUAUUCCUCGCAUGGUAGCUCAGCCUCGUGGCAUUUCAAGGUCCCUUGUGACUUUUCAGCGCCGGGAUGCAGUGGUCGAUCCUGCAGACACAUAAUCAUUCUGCUAUAGAUGCUCCCAUUCUCUUCCGCCUGAUUUCGCAUUCCAUACCAUUAAUAAUAAAGCACCUCUUGUUCUGAAGAACACCCUUAGAAACAGGGGAUAAGCAAUGAGCUUUCCCCAGAUAGGUCUUGGAGAUGUCAUGACAGCCGUUACUACUGUCUGGACCAUCUACAAGAAUGUCAAAGAAGGACCCGCAAGUGCUUCGGCCGACUUCAACUCGUUUCGACAAGAAUUCGGAGCCAUAAAAGAAUUAUUGGAGCAGAUUCAAAAGACAAAACAGUCGACCAGCAAGAGCGAACGAGUCUUGGGGGUCUUCUACAACCGGACGAUUGACGAAUGCGCAGAAUUCGUAUAUAAGCAUCGGCAAUUGACGCAGGAUGAAAAGACCUCGAAUAGUCGGCGUAACAGCUUCGGCACCAAAGCAAUCAUCCUAUUCGAGAAAGUCACCUGGCCCCUAGAGCGUGACGAAGCGGAAAGACUCCGACGAAAGCUAGAGAGAUGUCUGAAAAUUGCGACAUUGAAGUCAAGUCAGGAAUCGCGAGAUGCGACGUUCGGCUUCAUGAAGGCAACGGAGAACAGACAAUUGGAGAAUCUCGAGAUGCUGAAGUCCAUCAAAACCAUGACAUCACAGAUUUCCUUACUUUUAAGGCGAUGUAUGCUCGACAAUUCAAUGGGAAGCAAUGCCCUUGACGCUCAUGACCCGAAUCACCGUGGGAACAGAUUGAGGCGAGCUCUGCUAGAGUCAGAGCACAUGCUGAGUGCAAUACCGGAGAACGACAACGUGCUCAGCGAAGUGGACAGUCAAAAGUAUCAAAAAGGCAAUCUCACUCGAAGACUCGACACUUGCGAUACCCAUGGUCUCGUCCCACAGUCACCAUCUGGUUGGCUUGCGCCUACUCUCGAUAGCGAUAGCAGCGAUACACUCGAUGUCGCAGCUAUAUCACGCUUUCUUCAUCAAGUGAGCGAUGAUGUGCGCGAUGCUUUGGGUAUGGUCGGAUACGGGCACAAUCUUGUGCCCAAUCAUGAUCUCUAUCAAAAAGAUCAAGUCUCGGCGAAAUCACGCCAGUCCAUCAACGACACCGCCGAGGAAUGGGAACAGUUCCGACAAUGGCUCGACUUCCAACUCGUUCACGCCUUCAAUACGAACGCUCAUGAUUUGGAACUUCACUCGCCAGGACUGUCUUACCUGUUUAGUCCGAAGACGUCCCCUCCUCCGGAUGACCGCACAUCAAGACCUAUAUCUCGACAGAGGUCCGCAGAGUCAGAUUUGACCAUCGGUUCUCCUCAAUCGGUGAUAUCAAUGCUGAUACCCGACAGAAAGAUCCCAUUGACAAGCCAUCCGGUGCAGCUGGAAUUCCUUGAUCCAAACGUCCCAAGACGUGUGAAACACCGUCCUCUCAUGUGCAAUGUCGUGGCUUGCUUCAAUACACAAACAAACGAGCCCGAAGCAAUCGAAGCAAUUGAUGUCCAAGACGGAGUCAAGGUCACUCAAACAGUCAUCCGCGGAUCACCCACGGUCAAGAGCUCCAUGCUUCCCUACGUUCCCAGCCGACGGGUCACUGCAACCCAGCUCGGCCUCUGGUUUCAAGGCUCGCACAAGACAAAGAUUGAAGACCUCCAUACAAUCACGCGAUACCCCAUUUCCCCAAUGUAUCAAUUCCAUGACUUGAGCGAUUUCGAGUCCUUUCAAGAGGUACUGCUCCGUCGAAGGGUCAUUUCCUGUAUCGACGCGAGGAGGAUAUCCAUCAACGCGACAGACUACCACUCCAACUCAGCAGAAGUAAUCCGGAUACUUGAAGAUCCAAUUUCGAAAAGUCUAUCGCUGUUGUACUUCGCUUCCUUUCCGGGGACUCCCCGGCGAGCGAGGUUCAUGGAUAUACCCAUGAGCGAUCUUGGAGCACCUGUCGCCAAGUCGAAGCAGGUCAAAUUCGCAUUUCAGAGUAUCUCGCGGCGCGGUUCGAUGGACAGCGCGACCAGUGUCCUCUCGCACGAGUCUAAACAUUCGGCCUCCACGCUGGGACCCAGUCAACGCACCAAAUGUCUUGAGCUAGAAUUUUUUGAUGAGAAAGAUUGUGGCGCAUUUCUCCGGGUGAUCAAAAACACUGAAGGUGGUUGAGGUCGGCUUGGAGCAAGUCGUUAGGAAGAACAACCCACCAUGUCAGGCUGUAGGACAUCAGGAAUACUGAUUGGGUUCCCAUGCAACCAUAGGAACUCCGGGUCAGUACAUUCACAUGAGGCCAUCCGAUCUUUGAAGUGAACGAGUCAUCCAGCCCCAUAUUCCCCUCAAAAUCGGGGGAGUCGGAGGGAAACAAG